AGGACGACGCGAGUGAGUGAGGAACUCGCCAAUCAAGAGAACCAACGUCUCCUCUUGGCCAUUCAGUAAACUAACUAACUUCGCUCCAUCAUCACGCACUUUCCUUCUCUCCUCUCCACAAUUAACUAAUUAACCAAUUAACUCUUUACAAUUAAUUACUAAAAUAAGUGUCAAUCCACCGUUGACAAGACAGGUCACGAUAGAAGAAGAAAACCCGCUUCCGGUACUCAACCCGGUCCGGUCGUCGUGGUUGUUUAAUAUCCGUUGUCGUCGUUUUUGGAUCGUUGCACAUCCUUCGUCCACUCAACGAUAGGCAGGAAGUGGGACACACAGAUUUGCAACUUUCCCUUGAUCCAAUACGAUGUCGCAAUUCACAUCAGACUCGCGUGUCCCCCUCCGGACCGUGAAAAAGGUCCAAUUUGGUAUCCUUUCUCCGGAUGAAAUCCGCCGCAUGUCCGUGACGGAGGGUGGGAUUCGCUUUCCUGAGAUUAUGGAAGGUGGUCGGCCUAAGCUUGGUGGGUUGAUGGAUCCUCGUCAAGGCGUCAUCGACCGAAACUCACGCUGUCAGACUUGCGCCGGUGGUCAGACCGAGUGUCCUGGCCAUUUUGGUCACAUGGACCUCUCAAAGCCCGUCUUCCACUGCGGCUUUCUCACCAAAACGGUCAAAAUCCUGCGCUGCGUGUGCUUCUAUUGUUCAAAGAUGCUCGUGUCCCCGACUCACCCGAAAAUGAGGGAGAUUGUCCUCAAGACCAAAGGGCAGCCUCGACGCCGUCUCGCCUUCGUCUACGAACUUUGCAAAGGAAAGAGCAUCUGCGAGGGGGGUGACGAAAUGGAUGGCAAUCCCGGCGAAGAGGAUCCAAAUAUUAAGUCAAAGAAGAGUGGUCACGGUGGAUGUGGGCGUUAUCAGCCGCGUAUCCGUAAAAUCGGGAUCGAACUCUUUGCCGAGUGGAAGCAUGUGAACGAGGACGACCAGGAGAAGAAGAUGGUUGUCACGGCGGAACGUGUGCUCGAAAUCUUCAAACACGUUUCUGACGAGGAGUGCCUUGUGAUGGGGAUGGAUCCCAAGUACGCUCGUCCUGACUGGAUGAUCAUUUCUGUCCUCCCCGUCCCCCCACUUCCCGUUCGUCCCGCUGUCGUCAUGUACGGUUCUGCCCGAAACCAGGACGAUCUCACCCACAAACUAUCCGAUAUUAUUAAGGCGAACAACGAACUUUUGCGCAAUGAGCAGUCCGGCGCUGCAGCUCACAUUAUUGCAGAAAAUGUUAAAAUGCUCCAAUUUCAUGUCGCUACUCUCACCGAUAACGAAAUGCCCGGUCUGCCGCGCGCUAUGCAAAAGUCUGGUCGUCCCCUGAAAGCGAUCAAGGCGCGGUUGAAGGGAAAGGAGGGCAGAAUUCGAGGAAACUUGAUGGGAAAACGAGUCGAUUUUUCUGCAAGAACGGUCAUCACACCAGAUCCCAACUUGCGGAUUGAUCAGGUCGGCGUUCCUCGCAGUAUUGCACAGAACUUGACCUUUCCCGAGAUCGUGACCCCGUUUAAUCUAGAUAAGAUGACGGAACUCGUGGCGCGAGGAAAUAACCAAUAUCCUGGCGCAAAGUAUAUCAUCCGGUCGAACGGGGACAGAAUUGAUUUGCGAUUUCAUCCGAAAUCUUCCGAUCUCCAUUUACAAUUGGGAUACCGGGUCGAACGUCACAUUCGAGAUGGUGACCUCGUAAUUUUCAACCGGCAACCCACUCUUCACAAAAUGUCUAUGAUGGGUCACAGGGUCAAAGUACUACCCUGGUCGACUUUCCGAAUGAAUUUGAGUUGCACAACGCCUUACAAUGCUGAUUUUGACGGCGAUGAGAUGAAUCUACACGUCCCACAGUCAAUGGAAACUCGUGCCGAAGUUGAAAAUCUGCACAUUACCACGCGUCAAAUUAUCACCCCUCAAGCGAACAAACCCGUCAUGGGGAUCGUGCAGGACACAUUGACCGGGGUGAGGAAGAUGACCAAGAGGGACGUCUUCCUGACCAAGGAACAAAUGAUGAAUUUGCUCAUGUUCUUGCCAAUUUGGGACGGAAAGAUGCCUCAGCCUGCCAUCCAGAAGCCGAUUCCUCUCUGGACUGGGAAGCAACUUUUCACGCUUAUCAUUCCCGGAAACGUGAACCUCAUCAAAACCCACGCCACACAUCCGGACGACGAGGACGACGGUCCGUACAAGUGGAUUUCUCCGGGAGAUACCAAAGUCAUGGUCGAGCAUGGCGAACUCAUCAUGGGAAUCCUAUGCAAAAAGACGCUCGGAACAAGUGAAGGGUCACUUCUUCACAUCUGCUUUACCGAAUUAGGUCACGAAGUUGCUGGUCAAUUUUACGGCAAUAUUCAAACUGUCGUAAACAAUUGGUUGAUGUAUGAAGGACACUCGAUCGGUAUUGGGGACACGAUUGCAGAUCCUCAAACAUAUCUCGAGAUUCAAAAGACGAUCAAGAAGGCGAAGGAGGACGUGAUUGAGGUUAUUCAAAAAGCGCACAACAUGGAGCUCGACCCCACUCCUGGUAACACCCUCCGACAAACGUUCGAAAAUCAAGUCAACAGGAUCCUCAACGACGCUCGUGACAAGACUGGUGGUUCCGCAAAAAAGUCUCUCACAGAGUACAACAACCUCAAAGCUAUGGUGGUGGCAGGGUCGAAAGGAUCAAACAUCAACAUUUCCCAGGUUAUUGCCUGCGUCGGACAACAAAACGUUGAAGGAAAACGAAUCCCCUUCGGCUUCCGUAAACGCACCCUACCUCACUUUAUCAAAGACGAUUACGGUCCUGAGUCCCGUGGCUUCGUUGAAAAUUCCUACCUUGCCGGACUGACUCCCUCGGAAUUCUACUUUCACGCCAUGGGUGGUCGAGAAGGUUUGAUUGAUACUGCUGUCAAGACCGCAGAAACUGGAUAUAUUCAACGUCGUCUCAUCAAAGCUAUGGAGUCCGUCAUGGUUCACUACGACGGCACGGUGCGAAAUUCUGUCGGACAACUGAUCCAACUCCGCUACGGAGAGGACGGCCUCUCCGCCGAGAACGUAGAACAUCAAAGUCUCCCUACCAUUAAACUCUCCAACCGCACGUUCGAGUCUAGAUUCAAAUUCGACCCCACGAACGAGCGCUACCUCCGCAAACUCUUUAACGAAGAAGUCAUGCGAGAAAUCAUUGGGUCAGGAGAUGUCAUCUCAGCCGUGGAGAAGGAAUGGGCGACUUUGACCUCUGACCGCGCAACGAUGAGGGAAAUCUUUCCUGCCGGCGACUCGAACGUCGUCCUCCCAUGCAACCUCAAAAGAAUGAUUUGGAACGUACAAAAGAUUUUCCACAUUGACAAGCGAGCCCCCGUCGAUCUCAACCCGAUCAAAGUGAUUGAAGGUGUGGAAAACCUGUUGAAAAAGUGCGUCAUCGUGAAAGGAGAGGAUGCUCUCUCGAUGCAGGCCAACAACAACGCCACGCUUCUAUUCCGCUGCAUGGUGAGAUCUACGCUGUGCACACGCAAAGUUGCCGAAGAAUUUCGCCUGUCGACCGAGGCGUUUGAAUGGUUGAUUGGUGAGAUAGAGACGAGGUUCCAGCAGGCGCAGGCAUCUCCCGGGGAGAUGGUGGGAGCCUUGGCGGCACAGAGUUUAGGUGAACCGGCGACUCAAAUGACGCUCAACACUUUCCAUUUUGCUGGAGUCAGUAGUAAAAAUGUCACCUUGGGUGUGCCCAGAUUAAAGGAAAUCAUCAACAUUUCCAAGAAGCCGAAAGCCCCUUCACUCACCGUUUUCUUGAACGGAGCUGCAGCUCGUGACGCCGAGAAGGCCAAAAACGUUCUCUGCCGCUUGGAGCACACAACGCUGCGGAAGGUGACUGCGAACACGGCCAUCUAUUACGACCCCGACCCACAAAACACUGUCAUCGGGGAGGAUCAAGAGUUUGUUAAUGUCUACUAUGAAAUGCCUGACUUUGACCCGACCAGAAUCUCGCCUUGGCUUCUCCGCAUAGAACUCGACCGCAAGAGAAUGACUGAUAAGAAACUGACCAUGGAACAGAUUGCAGAAAAGAUCAAUGCGGGUUUCGGUGACGAUUUGAACUGUAUCUUUAACGACGACAAUGCUGAGAAACUUGUGCUACGUAUUCGUAUCAUGAACUCGGAGGACGGGUCUAAAUUUGGUGGUGCGGGUGACGAGGAGGAUUCCGCCGAUAAGAUGGAGGAUGACAUGUUCCUUCGCUGCAUCGAGGCUAAUAUGUUGUCAGACAUGACGCUGCAGGGGAUCGAAGCGAUUGGAAAAGUUUACAUGCAUUUGCCUCAGACCGAUUCCAAGAAGAGGAUCGUAAUCACAGAGACUGGCGAAUUUAAACCGAUCGCAGAGUGGCUGCUUGAAACGGAUGGAACGUCCCUGAUGCGAGUCUUGAGUGAAAGGGACGUCGACCCCAUCAGAACAUAUUCUAACGAUAUUUGUGAAAUAUUCACGGUUCUUGGUAUCGAAGCGGUUCGAAAAUGUGUGGAGAAGGAGAUGAACGCCGUUCUCUCCUUUUACGGCCUGUACGUCAAUUAUCGUCACUUGGCGCUCCUCUGCGACGUUAUGACUGCAAAGGGUCACUUGAUGGCCAUCACACGUCACGGAAUCAAUCGACAAGAUACCGGACCAUUGAUGAGGUGCUCGUUUGAGGAAACUGUUGACGUCUUGAUGGACGCGGCCGCCCACGCUGAGGUUGACCCGAUGCGAGGCGUUUCUGAAAACAUUAUUAUGGGACAACUUCCCCGGAUGGGUACUGGCUGCUUCGACUUGCUCCUCGACGCUGAAAAGUGCAAGUUCGGUAUUGAGCUCCCCACUGGUCCUGGACCCGACGGCGGACUUGGAAUGGGUGGUACGUUUUUCGGCUCUGCGUCCACUCCGAGCGCCAACUCACCAAUUUCCACGCCCUGGAUGUCUGGCGCCACUCCGAUGUAUGGCGACGUUUGGUCUCCAGGCACAGGAAUGACGCCUGGUGGACCUGGGUUCUCACCAUCCGCUGCCUCUGACAUAUCCGGCUUUUCACCUGCUGGAGGUCGUUCGCCUGUCGGGUCACCUGGAAGCCCAGGCAGUGCAUUCUACAUUCCCGGCAGUCCUGGUGGCGUGUCGCCGAAUUAUUCUCCCUCAUCGCCAGGUUAUGGAUUGAUCUCGUCGCCUGGGAUGAGUCCCUCGUCGCCAAAUUACUCUCCUGGCGGUGGAGGUGGAUCGUACUCUCCUACAAGUCCGAUUGGAGGUCAUAGUCCGACUUAUUCUCCAACGAGUCCGAGCUAUUCGCCCCACCAGAGUCCAUCUUACUCGCCGACGAGUCCAAGUUACUCACCGACGAGCCCAUCCUAUUCGCCCACGAGCCCGAGUUACUCACCCACAAGUCCAAGCUAUUCGCCAACGAGUCCAUCGUACUCGCCGACGAGCCCGUCUUACUCACCGACCAGUCCGAGCUAUUCACCGACCAGUCCAUCGUAUUCUCCCACGAGUCCAUCAUACUCGCCUACGAGCCCAUCCUAUUCACCAACGAGCCCAAGUUAUUCUCCGACGAGUCCAUCUUACUCGCCGACAAGUCCGAGCUAUUCACCCUCCAGUCCAUCAUACUCUCCCACGAGUCCAAGUUAUUCGCCAACUAGUCCAUCGUACUCUCCCACGAGUCCAUCCUACUCUCCGACAAGUCCAUCUUAUUCGCCAUCAAGCCCCAGCUAUUCUCCUUCGUCUCCCAAUUACAGUCCUUCAAGUCCGAGCUAUUCUCCAACUAGCCCGACUUACUCCCCCAGUUCACCCAAUUACAGCCCUUCGAGCCCUACUUACAGUCCAACUUCGCCAACUUAUUCACCCCGGUAUUCUCCAAGCUCACCUUCGUACUCACCAUCCAGUCCGAACUACAGCCCACAGUCUCCUGUCUUGUCUUACUCGCCAACCAGUCCGAGUUACAGUCCUGCGAGCCCCUCAUAUUCGCCCAGUUCGCCCACCUACUCUCCCGAAGAGGACGAAAAGAACAAACAGCAGCCCCAACCGGGAGGCAAGAAGGGCAGGAAAAAGAAAUAGACAGCAAUCAUCAUCGUUAUUGUGGGCAACCCAGUUUUCGACCUAUUUGGUCACCUUAUUUUUGACAAAAUAUUGUUAUGUCCAUUAUUACUAUUAUUGAUCCCUCGCUUGCGGACUCUUGAUUUUUUCCUAGAUAAUCUUAUUUAUUAAUUUGUUCUCAUUCGAUUGAUUUAUUACUAUAUUACUAUUAAUGUUUUAUACAAAGUAUGUGAAAAGCAAGUGGUUCAGAAGAAUCAUAAUUAAUCAUAAACCGGAAUAAAUGAACUGAAAAAUAAUUAGGUGUUCUUGACAUAAAAUAAGUUGGAUCCCAAGAAUAGACUGCAAGUAAAUUAGUUAGUAAACAAUACAAAUUCAACUAAUUAAUAAGGGUGAUGGUUGAAAAUAUAUUUAUUAUAGUAAAUAUGUAUUUAUAUUGAAUUGAUAAAUGUGAUGGGACUUUUUUAUAAUAUGAGAGAGAUGAAAUAAAAUUCAAAAUUAAAUGCAAUCAAAUC